GGUACAUUAUGUCAGCUGUCAAUGACAGCAAUUUCAACUCUGCAGUGUUCCUUCUCACCGGGAUACCUGGGCAGGAAGAUGUCCCUCUCUGGAUCUCUAUCCCCUUCUGUUUAAUGUAUGUCAUUUCGAUAGUAGGCAAUUCAGUCAUUCUGUUCAUUAUAAAAACAGAUCCAAGCCUCCAUGAGCCUAUGUAUAUUCUCCUUUUCAUGUUGGCCGUCACAGAUCUUGGCUUAUCGAUAUCCACCAUACCAACAAUGCUGGGCAUAUUGUUGUUUAACUCUAGGAAGAUCAGCCUCGAUGCCUGUUUUGCCCAGCUGUUCUUCAUCCACUGGCUUCAAUGCAUUGAAUCCUCUGUGCUCUUGUUGAUGGCCUUUGACCGCUUCAUUGAGAUCUGUAACCCACUGAGAUAUGCUUCCAUCUUAACACUGCCAAGAAUAGCCAAGAUGGGACUGGUGUUUGUGCUAAGAGCAGUGGCCGUAACAUUUCCCCUCCCUUUUCUCCUGAAACGGUUCCAAUAUUGUAAAGCCAAUGUCCUCUCCCAUUCCUACUGCCUGCACCAGGAAGUCAUGAAGAUGGCUUGUUCGGACAUCAAAGUGAACGACAUCUAUGGCUUAUCUGUUACACUCAUAACUAUGGGGUUGGACUCGCUGCUCAUCCUCCUCUCUUAUGUGAUGAUCUUCAAAACGGUGCUGAGUGUCACAUCCCACACGGAGUCCCUCAGGGCCCUAAACACCUGCAUCUCCCACCUCUGCGCCAUCUUGCUGUUCUAUAUACCAGUGAUUGGUCUGGCUGUGAUACACAGAUUCAGAAAUAGCUCUUUUCACUUGCUUCAGGUUGUCCUGGGCUAUAUCUACCAGCUGGUUCCGCCCGUGAUAAAUCCAAUUGUGUACAGUGUGAAAAGUAAACACUUCCGUGCGAGGAUAAUCAGAGCAUUCAUCAAGUGAAGGGUCAGUUAAUCAUCCUAUUCCAGUGCUGGUGACACGGGAGAUGAAAAAAACAGUCUAUGGCCACCUAGUGCACCCUGGAUCCUCUUCCCCCGA